UGGAACAAGGGAGAGCCAGAUAACGAUUGGAUAAUAAUGUUAAGACGCCGAAAUCGCGAGUAGAGAGCAGUGUGCCUAUUGGUCAGGACUGAUGGGACAGCAGAUUCACGGACAAUGACAGGACAGCUACGGCAUUGGAGAUGCAUUACUUCCACGACCUCGUAUAAAAAAGUGAAAUAACAGUGAUUUAUUCUACUUUAUCUCUUCAUUAUCAAGCUUUGUCAUUCCUCAUAUUCGAUGUGGUGGAACUGACAGCAUGCAGCCGAGGGACAGGACAUUGUAAAUAGCAACAGUGCGCUCAGGACAGGAGGAGGUUCAAGAGAUUGAGGACCAAAACAAUCUGAACAAUAAAAUCAACAGUCAUGGCUGCAGAGAAUAACUUCCCUCCAAUACCGGGGUUCAUCCCCCUGCAGCCGUGUUUCUACCAGGACUUUGACGAGGAGAUCCCUGAACAGCAUCGCACCAUGUGCAAGAGACUCUACCACCUGUGGAUCUUGUAUGCAAUCACCCUGGCUGUGAAUUUGGCGGGCUGCUUUGUUUGGAUGCUGGGUGGAGGGGGUGUGACAAAUUUUGGCAUGGCCAUCAUAUGGUUGAUACUCUUCACCCCCUGCUCCUAUGCAUGCUGGUUCAGGCCCAUCUACAAGGCCUUCAAGACUGACAGCUCGUUCAACUUCAUGGCGUUCUUCUUUGUGUUCAUGGCCCAGGUGGGCAUCAGUAUUAUCCAGUGCAUAGGGAUCCCAGGCUGGGGAAACUGCGGCUGGCUGGCCACCAUCUCUUUCUUCAGCUACAAUCUUUGGAUCGCCUUGCUGAUGCUCAUCCCCACCCUCUUUUUCACUGCCACGGCAACGCUGUCCUUCAUCGCCCUCACCAAGGUCCAUAACUUCUACCGUGGCAGCGGGGGCAGCAUAGGCAAGGCUCAGGAGGAGUGGACCACAGGGGCCUGGAAGAACCCCCACGUCCAGCAGGCAGCGCAGCAGGCAGCUAUGGGAGCCGCCACGGGGGCCAUGAUGCCGGAUCAGCAGUACUCCAGCAACACCCCACAGUACAAUGACAACCAGAUGUAGGGGAUAAAGUGGAGGGAAGCAUGUCAAAGCAGGAGCAGGAGUUUGGUAUCUGUUUAUCCCAUCCCCCAAAAAGUGUGUCUUUAUCACAACAGCUCUUUCUAUAGGGCAGGGGUCUUCAACCUUUCUUGCCCAGGGACCCUCUCCCAGGCACACCGGCAACCCAGGGACCCUCUCCCAGGCACACCGGCAACCCAGGGACCCUCUCCCAGGCACACCGGCAACCCAGGGACCCUCUCCCAGGCACACCGGCAACCCAGGGACCCUCUCCCAGGCACACCGGCAACCCAGGGACCUUCUCCCAGGCACACCGGCAACCCAGGGACCCUCUCCCAGGCACACCGGCAACCCAGGGACCCUCUCCCAGGCACACCGGCAACCCAGGGACCCUCUCCCAGGCACACCGGCAACCCAGGGAUCCCCAUCAUACGUUAGUGAUUUUGUUUUCUUCUCACAUGUCUUGUCUUAGCAUCAAGUGAAUGAUAAUGUCAAGGAGAAGUAAUCAACAUUUCAAAAAUGAAUAGGAUUUGGUAGAUUGUUUUUCAUUAUUGUAAUUGGGGAAGGAAGUCUAACAUAGCCUAUUAGCUUGAAAGGUAACUCCAAAUACACUAAGAGCUGCUGUUUAGCUGGUUACACAAAGGUUAGCCAUAUUUUUGUAAAAAUGCAUGUCUAAGCCAAGAAAGCUUACCAGCAGCCAGCGACACUUGACGCACUGGUAGCCGAUGUCAGGUACUCCGGUGAGUGUAAUUGGCUCCAAUAAGUGUAAUUUGCUUAAUAUUAGGAGUUAAGAAAUAAUGUUGAUAUUCUCCUCUUUUCUGCUGUAAUCAUUUAUUCUAUUGUUGCUAGCGACAUACCCCUGCUAUAGGGCACUACACUACACUUCCACACGAUACCAGCUGACUCUGAACACCCAUAACGUAAAGACAUUUCAUGUUCUCAGCAUCUACACUGAACUACAGUAUUCGGUUUCUACUGUGUGAUGUCAUAUUUCUGCUUCCACUGCUUUGUUUUGGUGCGUCACAUCAAAGACGUGUCCCUAUCUUAUGUCACUGUGUUAGCAGGGCCCUGUGGCCACAUGCACACAGCACCAACUCUGCUCGUCAGAGCUCAUUCUGAUCACCCACUACCCUCUCCUCUAUGAUCUUCGGUUUUGGUUUUUGGUAGCCUCCUCCUGCUCAUGACUUGUAAAGUCAUGCUCAUGAUAUAGUAUCUCAAUUAUGUAUUUGUUAGUUUUUUUCAUAGUAAGUUACUGGACUCUAGGUUUUGCCGUGAAUAAAUGUAGCCACUGGCUGUAGGAAGAGAGCCAUGUAAGACUGUGUUUGAGUGCAAUACUAUUCACUUUUACAUUUACAUUUUUUUUUUUUUUUUUUUUAAUCUACUGAUAUUUCAAAGCGGAUUAAAAACGGUUUAUUACAGAAUGUAGCACUGGGAUAACUUUAAUAUUUUACCAGGAGUGUUUAUGUACAGUAGGAGAUGGCGUAUUUGGUAAUAAAUAUGUAUUUUAAGAAUGUAUUACUUUGUAUACUAGUGAAUGCCAGCUGAUUGAACAAAACGGACUCUCCUCUGAGCCAUCAGGGUAUUAUUUUCAGGUAAAGCAGAGCUUUAAACACUGGGCACAAACUGUGAACCUUUGCCCUUCACGUCCAUGUGUAUGUUUUUGAUAGCUUAUUUAAAAUGAACCCAUAAUCCUGUUUUUGAUUUAAUACUGAGGAGGUAGCGAGAUUUGGAAGUCCACUUCCUUCGAGUUUAACCUGGACGUUGGUGUUGAUGUCCCUGGGGCUCACUGUGUACGUUCAUCGGGCUAGCUCAGAGGCUGUUUUAAAGAGUCUCAAUGGAGAGAUAACUGUGUGCUACCAGCUCCUAGGCAUGAGCUGAAAGAUUACAGGCCAGUCACAUUUAUCCACAGUCAUGGAAAUGGGACUUUCUUCUGAAAGUCUGAGAAGUAAUGAAUGAAGUAAUGAAUGAAUUAAUGAAUGAAGUAAUGAAUGAAGUAAUGAAUGAAGUAAUGAAUGCGUACCAAAACACAGAACUCUUUUUAGGGGACUAUUGUACAAAAUGUCUUUAGAACAAGGCUCUCUAAGCCUGUUCCUGGAGAGCGCUACCGUCCUGUAGGUUUUCGCUCCAAUCCUAAUCUAGCACACCUGAUUCUAAUAAUUAGCUGGUUGAUCAUCUGAAUCAAGUAAAUUGCAACUGGGGUUGGAAGGAAAACCUACAGGAGGGUAUCUCCAGGAUCAGGGUUGGAGAGCCCUGCUUUAGAUAAACAUGUAACAUC